AUGAGAGGAGUGCGCGUCGGGCGCGUUCCUAAGCGCCGAAGAGGCCACCGUGUGAAAACUCGGUCAGAGCUAAGAAUGAUGGCAAUAAUGCAGGACAGGAAUAGCGAGGAGGUGCCACGCGAGUUCCUCGAGACGGGUCGCACGGGGCGCCGCAACGCUAUGCCGGACAUCCUGCACCCGCAGGGCGCGGAGAUGACUACCGCAGACCUGCCGUCGCGGUUACAGCAACUCGUCACCACAGAUCCAGAUAACCCUCAACCGGGAACAUCAAAAACCGAUUUAGAACCGAACAAAGACGAAGCAACGGGGAAGAAGGACAGCUGUAGU